AUGUCGUUCCUGAGGCGGCCCUUCAGCCGUCGAACUCCGGAGGCUAACCAUGAAGACAACUCCGGCCACGAAUCCGACGUGACGGACGGAAGCCUCCAUUUUGUCGUCGAAAAAGCCGGCAAUGACUCUGGUCUAUCCUACCAGGAAGCGACGGGGGCACCGGUCGAGACAAGCUCUCCCUUGGGAUACAGCGUCGGCCCAAUCACAAUCAUCUUUCUGAACAUCAGCAAGAUGAUCGGCACCGGAGUGUACUCCACUCCUUCCUCGAUCCUCAAGGGCACCGGUUCCGUGGGCCUCAGCAUGAUAUACUGGGCUCUGGGCUUCCUGACAUCCAUCGCCUCUUUUUCCGUAUACCUCGAGUUCGCAUCAUACUUCCCCAACAGGUCCGGGUCCGAGGUUGUCUAUCUCGAGCAAGCCUGGCCUCGACCCAAGUGGCUGUUCCCAACUGCCUUUGCGUUUCAGUCCGUUGCUCUAUCGUUUAGUAGCGGCAACGCCAUCGUCUUGUCGCAAUAUCUGUUUAGAGCUGCCGGGACGACCCCCAGCCCCUGGCAGUUGAAAGGCGUCGCGGUGGCCGGCUUCACAGUCGCCACACUGGUCGUUGCACUCAACAACCGGUUCGCGUACCGCUUUUCAAACGGAGUCGGGGUGGUCAAGCUCAUCACUCUGGUCUUCAUCGUAAUCACAGGUCUUGUCGUUCUCGGGGGGCACACGAAAGUGCCCGAGCCGCGCGCCAACUUCCAAAACCCGUUCGAAGGCACUGCCACGGCCUAUGGCCUGACGAACGCCCUGUACAGAAUCAUCUUCUCCUACGCGGGAUACGAGAACGCUUUCAACGUGGUCAAUGAAGUGAAGGAUCCGGUUCGGCAGAUCAGGAAGAACGGUUGGAUCGCACUGGCGAUUGUCACUGUGCUUUACAUCUUGGCCAACAUUGCCUACUUCGCUGCCGUCCCGAAAGCCGAUCUCGCCGCGGCCAAGGAGAUUGCCGCGAGUCUUUUCUUCGAGAACGUCUUCGGCUCCAGCCGGGCCGUCAGAGGUCUCAAUUUCUUGAUUGCACUGAGCUCCUUCGGCAAUCUCCUGACUGUCCUGAUUGGAUCGUCUCGUAUGCUCCGCGAGUGUGGAAGACAAGGAGUUCUGCCGUACCCCAGAUUCUGGGCCUCCACUAGGCCAUUUGGCACAACCUUGGGUCCAUACCUCGUGAAAUGGAUCUUGACCGUCAUUAUGGUGGUCGCGCCGCCCGCCGGUGACGCUUUCAACUUUAUUGCCGAUUUGCAGGUUUACCCAUCUGCAUUUUUUGGCUUCGUUAUGACUGUCGGCCUGUACGUCGUCCGGUGGCGUCGCAAGCGCCUGAAUCUGCCACGACCUAUCUUCAAGGCCUGGGAUGUCAUUAUCGUCUUCAACAUCGUUAAAGACGUCUAUCUCCUCGUCAUGCCGUGGUACCCACCCGCCGGCGGCGUGUUUGCCGGCGAUGUCAGCUUCUGGUACGCGACAUAUGUUGUCGCUGGCAUCGGAAUUCUGCUUGGAUGUGGAGUUUACUACUGGCUCUGGAUCUAUGCGGUUCCUAAGUUGAAGGGGUACGAGAUCCGUCAGCAAGUACUAGAGCUUGCAGACGGCGCGCAGAGUCACAAGCUUAUCAAGGUGCCUAUCGCGGAGCUGGCUGAGUGGGACGCGACCCAUGACCAUGUUGGACGGCCUUUGCAACAGACUCUAAGCGAACAGGCUACAGAAGAGGAGAAGAAGGGCCUUGAUGCUUAG